GACUUUUCAAAAGCCCUCGUUUCUCCCCCCACCAACCACCUUCCCCAAUUUAUCCACCUCCCAUAUCAACGUCACUAUAAACAUCUUGCCUUCGGUUCUCUGCUCUGAGGCUUGCAUCGAACACCUUUGCCAUUUCUCUGCAACUCUAAUUCAAUACCUUCCAUCAAUGGAAGUUCAAGCUAAGCAGAAAGAAAAAGUGAUCAUUUAUCGCUCAAAACUCCCCGAUAUCUACAUCCCAAAUCAUCUCCCUCUUCAUUCGUACUGCUUCGAGAACAUUUCUCAAGUUUCUUCACGUCCUUGUUUGAUCAAUGGCUCCACCGGAGACGUCUACACCUACUCCGAAGUCGAACUCACCGCCCGCAAAAUUGCCUCCGGUUUAAACAAGCUCGGCAUUCAACAGUACGACGUUAUAAUGUUGCUCCUCCCCAACUUCCCUGAAUUCAUUCUAUCAUUCCUUGGAGCUUCACAUCGCGGCUCAAUCGUCACUGCGGCCAACCCCUUCUUCACGCCUGCAGAGAUUUCAAAGCAAGCCGAAGCCUCAAACGCGAAGCUCAUAAUAACACAAGCGUGUUACGUCGACAAAGUUAGGGCCUUAUCCGAAAAAAGAGGCGUCAAGAUCAUGUGCAUUGACGCAGCCCCCGACGGCUGUUUACACUUCUCUGAACUAACGGAAGCCGAUGAGAAGGAUUUGCCGGACGUUAAUAUUAACCCAAACGACGUCGUCGCGUUACCAUAUUCCUCCGGCACCACGGGGCUGCCGAAAGGAGUGAUGUUAACACACAAAGGACAGGUGACAAGCGUGGCACAACAAGUUGACGGAAAGAAUCCGAAUUUGUAUUUCCAUAGCGAAGAUGUGAUCUUGUGUGUGUUGCCUUUGUUCCAUAUUUACGCGUUGAAUUCGAUUUUUCUUUGCGGGCUCAGAGCCGGGGCGACCAUUUUGCUCAUGCAGAAGUUUGAGAUAAAUUCAUUGUUGCAACUGAUACAAAGGUACAAGAUAACGGUGGCGCCGCUCGUGCCGCCGAUUGUUCUGGCCAUCUCGAAGUCACCGGACGUCGACAAGUAUGACUUGUCGUCGAUCAGAAUCAUAAAGUCAGGGGCGGCGCCUCUGGGGAAGGAACUUGAAGAUUCUGUUAGGGCCAAAUUUCCUAACGCUAUUCUUGGCCAGGGAUAUGGAAUGACAGAGGCAGGACCAGUUUUAGCAAUGGGUUUGGCAUUUGCAAGGCAACCAUUUCCAAUAAAGCCAGGAGCCUGUGGAACUGUUGUUAGAAAUGCAGAGAUGAAGAUCAUCGACCCCGAGACCGGCGCUUCUCUUCCGAGAAACCAGCCCGGGGAAAUCUGUAUCCGCGGUGAUCAAAUCAUGAAAGGAUAUUUGAAUGACCCGGAGGCCACAAAGAGAACAAUAGACAAGGAAGGGUGGCUGCAUACCGGAGACAUCGGGUACAUUGACAAUGACGAUGAAUUGUUCAUUGUUGAUCGAUUGAAGGAGCUCAUCAAAUACAAAGGAUUUCAAGUUGCUCCUGCUGAACUUGAAGCAAUGCUUCUCACCCAUCCCAGAAUCAGUGAUGCUGCUGUUGUGCCGAUGAAAGAUGAUCGAGCUGGAGAGGUGCCUGUAGCAUUUGUUGUAAAAGCAAUUGAUUCUGAAUUAAGUGAGGAUGAAGUCAAGCAAUUUAUUGCCAAACAGGUUGUGUUUUAUAAGAGAAUAAAUCGAGUAUUUUUUGUUGAAGCAAUUCCGAAGGCAGCAUCAGGGAAGAUUUUAAGAAAGGAUUUAAGAGCCAAACUAGCAGCUGCUUUACCAAAUUGAAAGUUGGUUUUGGAAAUCUUGGUGAUCUGAUGUAUGUGAACCUUAUCAUCUAUACAUACUUAU